AUGUCUACAAAUGAAGAGGAAUGGCUUCGCAUCCAAGCAGAAUUUCAUUCUCUCUGGCAGUUUCCAAAUUGCUGUGGUGCUUUAGAUGGGAAGAGAGUUCUUAUAGCCAAACCUCCAAAAUCAGGUUCAACAUAUUAUGACUACAAAUGUCAUUUCAGCACCAUACUUCUUGCCCUUGUCGAUGCAAAGCCAAGAUCCAUUUAUGUAGAUGUUGGUGGUGCAGGACGUGCCAGUGAUGGAGGUGUAUGGGAGAAAUGCUCCUUGAAAAGGGCACUUGAUAGGGAUUUGGGGAAAUUUCCUCUUCAUAGGUCCUUACCUUUUUCGCAGAAAGCAUGCCCAAGUGUGAUCCUUGCUGAUGAUGCUUUCCCUCUCGCUACUACUUUAAUGAAACUUACCCUGGUCGAGGACUGA